UCCCAGUGUGUCAUUGUUUCGUCUAUUUUUAAAAAAUGGUUACAACAAUAAAAACCAGAAUUUCAAGAUAGAGAAGGGCACUCACUUUCUGUACUCAAAUAUUUCUGUUAAACACACACAAAUCUCGUAAGUGUUUUUCAUAAACAUUCUUUUUUAUAAACAGAAAACGAUUCGGAUUUACCACACUAGGUUAAAAAAAAAUCAAUUUUGUAUUUCGUAAAAUAUACUUUUUAAUAGAUAAAAAAUGAGUAAUAAUUCUAUAAUGCGAAUUGAAACAUGGAAAGGGGAUUGGGGUAUUCCAUCAAUUGACUACGAAUGUCUUCAAGCAUUGGCAUUGAUAAAAUUCUCAAAUGCACCGGUACAAAAUAAACAAACAAAUAAUCCAUUUUGGAGUUCAAAAAAUACACUGCCAAUAUUUCGACAUGAUACGACAAUCGUUUAUGAUUUUAAUGAAAUUCAGAAUUAUUUAAAAAAACAAGGUUUUGAUUGUGAUGCACAUUUAAAUAAAAUCGAACAAGCAGAAAUCACAGCGUAUAUAAAUUUAAUCAAAUUUAAAUUAGAACCAGCUUUAAAUUAUGUUUGGUGGUUGGAUGAACGAAAUUACACCGAAUUAUUCCGUAAAUGGUAUGCAAAAGCAUUACCAUUUCCAUUAAAUUAUUAUUAUCCAGGAUAUUAUGAAGGAAUUGCUAAAAAUUAUGUUGAUGCUAUGUUUCCAGACGUUGAUAAAAAAGAUGUGAUUGAAACUAGUUUAUUUGGUGAAGCUGAAAAAUGUAUAACAACGUUAUCGUCACGAUUAGGUAGCUCGAAAUAUAUGUUUGGUAAUACACCAACGUCCUUAGAUGCAGCUAUUUAUGGCCAUUUAGCACCGUUAUUGAAAGCUCCGUUACUUUCAACAUUUUUACAAAAUCAUUUGAAAGCUUGUUCAAAUUUAGAAGGAUAUAUUGAUCGAAUUACCAAAGAAUGGUUUCGUGUUGACGAAGACUUCACAAAACCAACCACUCCAAAGCCAAAACCAAAUCCAAGUGCUAAGAGCAGCGCCGAAGAAGAUUUUCCGCAUGCAACACGUAAUAAGCUAUUAGCUAGCAUAAUUGCUACAGUUGCUAUGUUAGGUUAUGCAGUUAUACAUGGUAUGCUUCCGGUAAGUCUUAAAGCUACAAAACUUACAUUAAAUACUGUCGUUACUUCUACGCAGCACUUUCUUCAAUCAAAAAAUUUGUAUUCUUCUUUACGAUAAAUGGAAUUGGAGUUAACACCGGAGGAAAUAUACGAGGAUGAAGAACAAUAAUUUUCGGAUAUCGAAA